CUACGAGGUCGCAAUCGUUGUGUGAAGCUGCUUGUAGUGAGAAUAUCUCACAGCAUCUCCGUACGUUAGUGCGUUGUCGCGUUUAUUGCCCGUAUCGGUUGACCUGUGCUGUGCCUGGGUCUGAAAUGAUUUGGAUAUUGUUAGCUGUGGCUGUCGCCACCCACGUAUCUUGCCAAAACUAUGAAUACAGCGGCACUAUUACUGUGAAAAAGGAUGAAUUCUGUAAUUUGAAUAACAUUCGCAAGAGGGAUUGUGAAGGGAAAUUUCAAAUGUUCCUCAAUACCCGUCCAGACAUGGAACAAUGUGCCACGAAUCCUCCAAUCUAUUCAAAUCGCUGCAACUCGUUGGUAUAUGAAAAAACGACCCAACUGGCACCAUGUACCGGUAACCGCUGCAAUGACUUUGGCACACGUUAUUCCGAAGUUAUGCCUGUGCCAGACCGGCAAACUGCUGUCAACAAUGAAGAGCUUGAGCUACCGGGGUCCUCAGUUCCGUACGACGCAAGAGUGAUGGAUUUUUCGGUGAAACUUUUCCAGAAAGCUUUCCCAGCUGACGAUACGAGCAACUAUAUUAUUAGUCCGAUCAUGGUACAAACGCUGCUGUCUUAUUUGAAUGAUGGAGCUUCCAACGCAACGCGAUUGGAAAUGGAAUCGGUGCUGCAGCUAAACAUGAACGAUCUGCGUGAAAUUGAUCGGGCACUGAAACCUCACACCGAGCAGGGGUACAUAUCGAAGAACAAGCUCGACACAGCCUCGCAGAUUUUCAAAUCAACUACGAUCGACCUACUGCCCGCAUUCCGGCAGUCGCUGAAACGCAACCAGGUCCCCCUGGAAGAGAUGGACUUCAGCAAUCGAAAGUUAGCUGCCGAAAGCAUCAACAAUUGGGCGAAAGAGAAAACUCGCCAACGUAUUCUCGAGGUGAUCGACGAAAAUUCGAUCGAUCCCGACACGAAGCUGCUGUUGAUGAAUGCCCUUUAUUUCAACGGGACGUGGAUGUACAAGUUCAACAAAACCGAACGUGGUUCGUUCGAGCUGAAUGGACUACCACCAAAACGCACGUCCGUAUCAAUGAUGUUCCUCACGAAGGAUCUGCGCAACGGAAACACCAGAACCGACAAUUCCGGCAACGGUAUGUAUUGGAUCGAGCUGCCGUACGAUGGCGAUCGGAUGUCGAUGAUCCUUUUCCUGCCCAAUGAACGUUUCCAACUCGAUCGAGAGUUACGCAAAUUCACGGGCGCACAGUUGCAAAAUAUUUUGUACGAGAUUGAACAAGACGAACCUAGCAAGGUGCGGGUUCAGCUGCCUGAGUUCAAGGCCGAAAGUACGGUCUCACUGGUGGAACCACUCAAGAAGCUGGGCAUUGUGAGCAUGUUUGGCGAUCGCAAACCAUUUGAUCGGCUAUCGGACGAUGAUGUGAAAAUAUCGGACGUCAAGCAGAAGUCCUUUUUGACCGUUAACCCGCACGGUACUGUAGCGACUAGCGUUACCACCUUAACUGUUAUUCCGCUUAGCAUUACACACGUGCUCGACUUCAAAGCGGAUCAACCGUUCGCACUGAUUAUCAUGGACAAGGUGAAGAAAUUGCCAUUGUUUUUCGCUAAAAUUAGCCAACCUUUGAAGGUGAAGUCAAAGAAACACCACUAACUGUUCUUGCAUUUCCGGGCUGUUUAUGAACGUGUGGCUAACAAACAAAUGCUUAGUAAGACGUAUAAGACUCCCCUGCUGUGAAUGCUACACAGAAAGACACUAUUUUUUAUAUAAUUGUUUAAACAAAUAAACCUUCAAUU